AUGGCAUAUAUAGGACUACUUCUGCUUGAAAAAAAAAAAUCCAUAUCUACGAAGACUCAAAAACAACGACUUCUUCUACUCAAUUUUCACCCAAACAAACCAGGCCUACAAACAUACUCUAUUCCAAAAACAAUAACAAUGGCCGGCCUCCUCGGAAACAACAACCCCAACGACCAGAACCAGGGCCAGGGCGGCCUUCUCGGUGGCCUCGGGAACACCUUAGGCCAAACCACCCAGGGACUGGGCCAGGGCGUUGGCGGCACCGUCCAGGGUGUUGGUGCUGGUCUCGGCCAGGCCGUUGACGGUGUCGGCAGCGGCAUGAGCAAGACGACGCAGGGCCUUGGGAGUACUGUCGGCGGAGUCACGGACAGUGCUGGCAAUCUUGUCGGUAACACUGUGCAGGGGGUGACAGGAGGUCCAUCGCAGCAGCAGCAGAGGACUAUGCCGUCUCAGGGUACGGUGCAAGGAGCAACGCAGGGUGCUGUUAAUGGGAUGCAGCCUAGAGCCUUUUGA